CGGACAGCUAACGGCUUGAAACUUCUGAUUUCCAGUUGCUUCUAUAACAGGCAAACUGUUACUCUAGUAAUGCAAAUUCACUUGCACGUUUACUUUCCGUCACUGUGGAAUCCAAUUCCUCGUCGCCACUGUAGUGUUUUUAUGGGAAAUGAAGAGAGAGAGAGACACGGAGCCGUCCAUUCACACCUUUACACCUGAAAUUCCUGUCCAACCAGUGACUAGUGACCCGAGCGAUUAUAAAAGACGGCAUGAUGAGGCAAAAAAACAGUGCAGUGCCAUGAGUGCAGAAAUGCUGAGGUUGCGGUGUGUGAUUGUGGCUCUGAUUUUACUUGUACAAGGUUCUCACGGCCAGUCAAGCAUAUGUGGCCGUGCACCUUUAAACUCCCGUAUCGUUGGAGGACGGAACGCCUUGCCAGGGGCAUGGCCGUGGCAGGUUAGUUUACAUAGCCAGCGAUACGGUGAACAUUUCUGUGGAGGAUCCCUCAUUAACAGCGACUGGGUAAUGACUGCAGCACACUGUUUUGAAAGCAUUGGCACCAACACCACUGGCUUGGUUGUGUAUUUGGGGAAGCAGAGUCAGGAGGGUUUUAACGCCAAUCAAAUCUCCAGACGUGUCAUCAGGAUUGUCCAGCACCCCGGGUACAACAGCAUCACUAAUGAUAAUGAUAUCACCCUGCUGCUUCUGAGCUCCUCUGUGACCUUCACCAGCUACAUCAGACCCGUGUGUCUGGCUGGUCGAGGAAGCAGUUUUCCUUCUGGAACCAGGUGCUGGAUCACAGGCUGGGGAGAUAUUUCUGUAGGAGUAUGGCUGCCUUCCCCUGGUGUGUUGCAGGAAGCACAGGUUCCUGUCAUUGACAAAACUAAGUGUGACAACCAGCUGGGACCAGGAGUAAUUACCAACAACAUGAUAUGUGCUGGACUGGUACAGGGAGGUAAAGACACCUGCCAGGGCGACUCAGGAGGUCCGAUGGUGACUAAGCAGGGUGCAGUCUGGGUUCAGGUUGGUAUCACGAGCUGGGGUGUAGGAUGCGCUAAUAGCAACUCACCUGGUGUCUACACAAAGGUGUCCCAGUACCAGUCCUGGGUAUCCAGCAUCACCCGAAUAAACCUACCUGGCUUUGUGAAGUCUCCCUCUGCAGGCUAGUCCAAGGUUCUGAUUCAGUCAGAUAGAAGACAGAAGAUGUGAAAAUGUACUGGUACAUGUUUAACACACACUUUAUGUUCUGUAUACUGACUUGUUCUUCUGCCAUUUAAAUGUAAACACAAAAAUAAUGACUUAUAAACUAUACAUUUGGGUAAAGUGAUGUAAUCUGAUGGAUCAAUACCUGAUACUGGAAUAUGUUUUUCCUGAUAUAAUUAACUAUAAUCUCUGAUAUGAAUAAAUAUAAA